AUGGGUCCCUGUAACGUCCUCCCAUUGCUGCUGUCUCCAUCGCCACACUCUGCCAUCGUGCCACUUAUCAGGUCUCCUCACACUGCUGGUGGGUUCCAUUUUGUCAUAGGGUGCUGGUUGGCCUCCCAUUGCUGCUGCCUCCACCACCACACUGUGGCUCCACACUCUGGUUUUGGCCCCAUGACUGCCCAAAUGAGUGAAGUGUGCGGUGAUUCUAAGAUCGACGGCACUCAUCUGCAUGUCAUACUGACUGACAGUAUUAUUUCUCUUCCCCAGCAGACUCCAAGGGCAUUUAAAUUAAAGGUACAGUGUUCUGCACUAAUAUAA